AUGCAAAUGCUUGCUUCACGAAAACUCAAAAUAUAUAUAUUUGAAGACUAUAAGCCUAGAAUCAUGCUUAAAAUAGUGCAAAUUUUAAACUCCUAUAAGUGGAUAUUAAAAAUCAGAUUUCGCUUUAAAUUUAUUAGUGUCGAUUCCAAGGUCCUCAAGUGAAAUGCUUUCAUUGCUUGUGUGCAAAUUGCUGUUAGGAUUGACCACAAUAAUCUUUAUAACUACACUAUUUCAAAAAAUUCUAUGCUAUCUUGGGUCGCUUUACGAAUAAAAUGAGGAUAA